GCCUCACAGCUCCUGUAGCGUUGUUGAGUGCCCGUUUGGGGCCUACAUAUUCAUAUAGGACUGCACAAACACGUUGUGUACUUUGGCUGUCUAGUCUCGUACAACUGAUAUUUAUGGCACGUUCAUGGUGUAUUGUCUUAGCAUUACUUCAUGGCCUCGACACUCGAACAUCAACAAGCGAUGGACACAGCUCAUGUUGUCAUCCUUCAGAGGAACCAUACGUACCUGAAGGAAUGGCUUCAGGUGGACCCUGUGCUGGACGCCUUGUACCAGGACGGUGUCUUCACACAGGUGGACCCUGUGCUGGACGCCUUGUACCAGGACUGUGUCUUCACACAGGUGGACCCUGUGCUGGACGCCUUGUACCAGGGCUGUGUCUUCACACAGACAGACUAUGACAGGUGUAGGCAGGCUGGCGGAGAAAAGUGUGAGAUGUUGUUGGAGAUCCUAAAGAAAAAAGGAGUGGAAGGCUACAGAACACUGUGUACAGUCCUGGACACAACGCAACUAUUUAUAAAAGAACGCCUUGAUCGGACCUCGACUGAAGCAGGUCUGACAAGUGUUAUCUUUGUUAAUAAGAUAAAGUUAGAAGCUCAGCAUAGGAAGGAAAUAGAGGAAUAUGAGAAGCAGAUAGCUCUGUUACAAUCAGACAUUAAUGACCUCAAACAGCAGUUGGAACAGCUGAGAGGGAUUCAGGACACACUAGAGAAGACUAAACACAAGGAGGCAAAAGAUCAUAUUUCACAGAUCAAGGAGCAAGGCGUACAUAUAGAAGAGUUGCAAUUCCAUUUAGCAAAGUCACAAAGGGACCUACUGAAGGCCAACGAAAAAUGUGACAGACUCAAGAAGAUGCUGGAGGAAGAAAAAGAAGCCUAUAAAGCGUUAGUGGGACUUCCUGCACCACGUACUCCAGACACGUCAGGAAACACAGGAGAGGACAUGGAUGAAGCAAGGCCAUGUAUUGACAAGAAGCAGACCUGUGUGCUUUCGGUGCAUGGCCACUGUGAUGUAGACAAAUUACGUCUUCUUCCAUGUCUGCAUGCUGCUUGUGAGUCAUGUAUAGAAAAGCACCUUAACGAAGAAAGACGCUACAAGCUAGUGUGUCCAUGUGGACAGACCUUCACUAUGGGGGAAACUGCACCUGACUUUGUUAGGCGUAAUGAAGCUGCAUAUGCUGCUAAUUCUGAAAAAGAAAAGAGAUGUUCCUACCUUCAAAUGACUCACGAUACCAAUUGUGUUGUUUACUGUAAAGAAUGCAAUGAUAAUCUUUGUCCAAACUGUCUCAAUAUUCAUAAUUCAGUAAGGCAAAACAGCAAUCACACUGUUCGUGAAAUCAGCGAGACAAAGCUAACAUCCAUCGACAGGCUGCUUAGACAAGAGUCCCAUUGUGGGGAACAUCCUGACAACAAGCUACAAUUGUAUGACCACGACUGCAGAAAGCCGAUAUGUGUUGUUUGCUUGCAUGGAGCUCAUGAACGUCACAUGAAUUCAGAUUUGAAGCACCUUCAUGAUGAAACAAAGAACCAUCUCUUGGAGGAACUGGGAAAGCAAGAGAGUAAACUUCAAGAUAUCAGAGAUACACUUAAAUGUGCUAAACAUCACCGACAUGAAUUAGAAGAAACAAACCUUAAACUUGAAACAGACAUAAUGACAAUACACAGGAAUGUUGCUGUGAAAUUUCUAAGACGACAAGCAACACUUCUUCAAGACAUUCCACUGAACCUUAAGGUCCACAAUGAAGCAGUUCAGGCACAGAUAGAUCUUGCCAAUGUUGUUGAGGCCUCAGUAGUUAGAACCAUAGACUACAUCCAGCGAGCUUUAAAGUCAACAAGACAUUGGGAACUCAUCUGUUUGACCAAAACGAUAAAUAAAAUGUCUGAAGAAAAUAUGAAGGCAGGAAAAUUUACAGCAGAUUCAAGGAGCACACAAGUUAGAUUCUGCUUCCAAGGAAAGAAGGCAUUAGAAGAACUCAUUGACAUUUCCGGUUGUUUGGCUACCACUAUGAAGCCAGAUGACAUCCCAGAUAAACAGCCUACCAUUGCAGACCUCCAAAACCAAAUAGACAUCUUUGCACAGAAUGCCUCCAAACUGGAAAACAGGCUUGAUGAAACUUUAAAGGUGGUGUCGAUACAUCAACAGAGAUGGAUGGAUCGUAUGCAAACUUCUUGGUAUGAGUUUGUUUAAGAGGGUAUUGAAUGGAGCAGAAUUGGUCAUAAUUGUAGAAAAUACAUCUACAUUUCGAGAGAACAAUAGAAACAGGGUGUGUGAAUAUACAAAUUUGGUUGAAAUAGUGUCUGCAGCGAAUUCUUUCAGUGUUUUAUUACCUUUGCGGCUGAACUAAUGCGUCGAUUCUUUGAAGGUGUUAACCUGCAAGAACACACACAAACCCAAAUGGUGGUAAGCAACAGAGACGUUCAACCAGGGAGCCCGCCAAGGACACCUGAUGUGUAUGAAUUGAUAAAAACCAUGAUGUCUGAGGGUGUCAGGUCUCAUGAUGUACAUCAAUCAUGUAUCAAACUGAAAGUUUGCCCCUCUAAUGUGGACAUUGUAGGACAUGGUGCCAGUGCCAGACUGCUUGUAUGCCCUGUACUUCACAUGGAUGCUGCUCGAGCAAAUAAGAAGUGUUGCCACGUAAACUCCCAUGGAGAGCUUAUCAAUUCACCACCCGACACACAUGAACAGGACAGACACAGUUUUAAGGUGUAUCUUGGCACCUGCAGCUCUACGCCAGUAUUCGUUCCUCAACAGCCAUCCGCAAAACCCAACUCCGACCCUCCCAGUCCGCAAUACUGGGAGACACUAUCAGUGGUUGGUGUUGCGAGUGAAGAGUUGCAUCUGUCAAUCCUGGAGACAGGCGUGUCUGAGGAGGUACAGAUGGACAAAUGGUACCGGGCUUGUAAUCAGUUCCGGUCCUGGAGUGUCCGUGUAUGGAGUUGCGACAGACAUCAAGGGAGAAUCUGUACCAUUGUGUAUCGGGAGGGUGAGCGAGGAAGAUGUCUAACGGAUACUAUGCCUCAUUCACCUGGAGCACAGGCAACCCUCCACUAUGGCGUAGUGUUGGAUGUUGAAAGGGGGAGACUCGGUUUCAUCGACCUUGACCGAGAGGUUGUGUUAGCCAAAAUUGAUGUAGAGAUAAGAGAACCACUUUACCCGAUGUUUGGCGUAGUCCCAAAGUCAAGUGAGUGCACCGUGAAUAUGAAACUUAUCUGCGGGAAAGACAUCACAAUGACCGCCAUGAAGAAAUCUCUCAUAUACAAAGUGCUGACACAAUGAACUGGGUGUAUGGAUGCAUUAAAAUUAGACUCUGAAUUGGAUAUCAGAGACAAAGAAAUGAAACUGAAAUGAAUCAAAAUGACAUCAAUGCUGUCGAGUUGGGACAUACAUUAAUCUCGUGACCCAUUUAACGAUGCAAAUGUUCAUCUCCAAUGUUUACCUGCAAUUAACACAACUUUUAAAAUUC